AUGCACCGGCACCAUCCUGCCCGGAGAUCCGGGUUCUUAUCACCGGUCUUGUUUUGGAUUUUUAGCCAUGUCAGCGGUGUGCACGGAGCUCUGCCUACAACCCAGAAGUGUGAUGAAGCUCUGGCAUCUCCUCUCCCUCACACAGCCUUCACCAGCUCGUCCGUCUUCUCCAACGGAUACGCGCCUGGAUACGCUAAGCUCAACAGGAGAGGAGGUGCUGGUGGGUGGUCUCCUCUGGACAGUGACCAUUACCAGUGGCUACAGGUGGAUCUUGGUUCCAGAAGGCAGGUGAGCGCCAUAGCAACGCAGGGUCGCUACAGCAGUUCUGAUUGGACGACGCGGUACAGACUCCUCUACAGCGACACGGGAAGGAACUGGAAACCUUAUCACCAAGAUGGGAACAUUUGGGCCUUCUCUGGAAACUCAAACUCAGAGAGCUCAGUUCGCCAUGAGCUGCAGCAAGGAAUCGUUGCACGCUUCAUGCGGCUCAUCCCUCUCGACUGGAGCGAGGAAGGACGAAUCGGUCUGCGUGUAGAAGUGUACGGCUGCUCAUACUGGGCGGAUGUGAUCAACUUUGAUGGACAGAGUGUCAUCUCAUACCGUUUUAAGGUGAAGAAAAUGAAGAUCAUCAAAGAUGUCAUAGCAUUGAGGUUUAAGACGUCAGAGAGUGAGGGUGUGAUUCUCCAUGGAGAGGGCCAACAGGGAGACUACAUAACCCUGGAGCUUAACAAGGCCAAGCUACUGCUGCAGAUAAACCUGGGCAGUAAUCAGUACGGCUCUAUCCAGGGUCAUACCUCUGUGACCACCGGCAGCCUCUUGGAUGACAAUCACUGGCACUCAGUGGUGCUGGAACGCUACCGUCGUAACGUCAACUUCACCUUGGAUGGACACACUCAGCACUUCAGGACCAAUGGAGAGUUUGACCACUUGGACUUGGACUAUGAGUUAAGUUUCGGUGGGAUGCCGUAUAGCGGGAAGCCAUCAGGAGGAGGCAGGAAGAACUUUAAAGGCUGCAUGGAGAGCAUCAACUACAACGGAGACAACAUCACAGACCUGGCUCGGAGAAAGAAGCUCGACACCUCCAGCUUUCGUAACCUGUCCUUCUCCUGCAUGGAGACCCACACCUCCCCCGUCUUUUUCAAUGCCACCAGCUUCCUCCAGUUGCCAGGCCGAACCAAUCAUGACACGAUAUCUGUCAGCUUCCAGUUUCGUACGUGGAACCCCGAUGGACUCCUUCUCUUCAGUAAUCUCUACAACGGCACACUGGAGAUCUCCCUGGAGGAGAGCAAGGUGGUGGUUCAUAUCAAUGUGUCGAAGAGGACUAGCAACAACCAGGUCGACUUAUCAUCAGGAUCGAGCCUUAAUGAUGGACAAUGGCACAGUGUCAGAUUGGUCGCCAAGGAGAACUCUGCCAUGUUGGUAAUAGAUGGCGAGCAAGCGUCAGCGGUGGGCUCCACUUCACCUCUCAGCUUUACCACAGGAGGGACUUAUCACAUGGGUGGGUAUUUCCUCCAGACACCAUUCCCACCAUCUCUACGUCCCUUCCAGGGCUGCAUGCAAGCCAUUCUAGUGGAUGAUCAACCAGCUGAUUUGCACGCAGUAGAGAAAGGAACUGUGGGAGCUUUUGAGAACAUUAGCCUUGACAUGUGUGCAAUCAUAGACAGGUGUAUGCCUAAUCACUGUGAGCAUGGCGGUCGCUGUAAUCAAACGUGGGAUAGUUUCACCUGUACCUGUGAUGGAACAGGCUACACCGGAGCCACCUGCCACACAUCGAUCUACGAGCCAUCCUGUGAGGCGUAUAAGCACAUGGGGAGGUCUUCUGGCACCUUCUGGAUCGACCCUGAUGGCAGCGGACCCCUCAGCCCCUUUAAAGUCAGCUGCAACAUGAUAGAGGAAAAAGUGUGGACAACAGUGAUCAACAACCUGCCCCCUCAGACCACAGUGACUGGCUCCAGUAGAGAGAGACGGACCAUCCUACAGGUGAACUACAGUGCCUCCAUGGACCAGAUGACAGCCAUCACUGACAGUGCAGAAAGCUGCGAGCAGCAAAUCGCCUACAGCUGUCGCAUGUCCAGAUUACUCAACACUCCAGAUGGGACUCCCUAUACGUGGUGGGUGGGCCGUGGCAGUGAGAAACACUUCUACUGGGGGGGCUCGUCACCCGGCAUCCAGAAAUGUGCCUGUGGCAUCGACAGGAACUGCACUGACCCAAAGUACAACUGCAACUGUGACGCCGACCACAAACAAUGGAGAGAAGAUUCUGGUCUUCUAAUUAAUAAAGAACACCUGCCUGUCAGCCAGGUUGCAGUGGGUGACACUGACAGACCAGGCUCUGAGGCCAAGCUGACCGUUGGACCACUCCGUUGCCAUGGAGACAAGAACUACUGGAACGCCGCUUCAUUCACCACCCCUUCAUCCUACCUGCACUUUGCCACCUUCCAGGCCGAGACCAGCGCCGACAUCUCCUUCUAUUUUAAGACCAGCGCCCCCUAUGGAGUCUUUCUGGAGAACCUGGGCAACACUGACUUCAUCCGCUUGGAGCUCAAAUCCACAAAUGUCAUCUCCUUCUCCUUUGAUGUUGGAAAUGGACCUGUUGAGCUAACCAUCAAUUCGGCCACACCCCUCAAUGAUGACCAGUGGCACCGUGUGAUGGCUGAGCGAAACGUCAAAGAGGCGGUCCUCCAGCUCGAUCAAACAUAUCGGGCGUCUCAGCUCGCUCCUGCACAGGGACACACACGACUAGAGCUGUUCAGCCAGCUCUAUGUGGGUGCCGCAGGGGGGCAGAGGGGCUUCCUGGGAUGUAUCCGAGCCCUUCGAAUGAACGGCAUCACCCUGGACCUGGAGGAGAGAGCCGAGGUGACGCCUGGAGUCAAACCUGGAUGUCAAGGUCACUGUACCAGCUUUGGGAUGUACUGCAGGAAUGGAGGGAAGUGUGUGGAGAAAUACAACGGAUACUUGUGUGACUGCACGAACACGGCGUACGACGGGUCGUUCUGCACCAAAGAUGUUGGAGGUUUCUUUGAGGCAGGAACGUUGGUCAAGUACAACUUGAAGCCUGAAGCAGUUGCAGGAGCCAGCAGAGACUCAAAGACCCUGACACACCAGCUCACACCACAGGAAAUGAAUCUAACUAAAGAGCAAGUGGCCUUCAGUUUCAGCACAUCCAACGCUCCAGCUAUUCUGAUGUACGUCAGCUCUGAGACUCAGGACUACCUGGCUGUGGUUUUAAGGCACAAUGGUUCAUUGCUGGUGCUGUAUAAUCUUGGAGGUCUGAAGGAGCCGUUUUCUAUAGAUGUGGACCAGCGUAACCUGGCCAACGGGCAACCCCACAGCAUCAGUGUGUCCCGGGUCAACAGAAGUAUCACCAUCCAGCUGGAUCAUUACCCUCCUGUCAGCUACACCCUCCCAGAUGCCUCAGACACACAGUUCAACCUGGUCAAAACUCUGUUCCUCGGUAAAGUCUUUGAAACAGGAACCAUAGACCCAAUCCUCAUACAACGCUAUAACACCCCAGGCUUUAUUGGGUGUCUGUCUAGGGUGCAAUUCAAUGGAGUCGCCCCCUUGAAGUCUGCACUAAGAACUGCAGCACAGGCCAAGGCCACGUCAACAACCAGUGAGCCGGACAGACCACCUUCAGCUGCCUCGCCUGUGUCUUUCCAAGGAAAACUGGUGGAGUCUAACUGUGGGGCAUCACCACUCACCAUCCCGCCAAUGUCUGCUGCUACAGACCCCUGGAAUCUGGACAAUACAGAUGCAGAGUUCCCUUUCAAUGAUGGGAAGAGAGCGAUCCCUGAUGGAGUCAACAGAGACUCAGCUAUAAUUGGAGGUAUCAUUGCUGUGGUGAUCUUCACCAUCUUAUGCACGCUGGCGUUCCUGAUCCGCUACAUGUUCCGUCAUAAAGGCACCUACCAUACCAAUGAGUCAAAGGGCAGAGAGGAGUCUGCAGGAGAGUCAGCGGACACAGCCAUCAUCAGCACCGACAACCCAGAGGCCAUUGAAGAAUCAAGGAAGGAGUGGUUCAUCUAG